GUGUGAUGAAAUGUGUCGAUGUGUGGUCCUCGUGCACGAACUAGGAAAUGUGUUUAUGGAAGACGUGUAGCCGGAAGGGGGAGCUCUCAUUCCGUCUUUAGACUUCUCUGAAACGGCCUUCGGUUAUCAGGACAGUCCGGGGACGUGUGCUAUGACAGAGGGCCUACUUCCGUCUGCAUUCAACUAUUUAGCUAGUUAUAUGCAAUAAGUAUCUCUUUCUUUUAUAACCGCAUCGGUCCGUGCAAUCCACAAUAAGAUCAUUAAACACGGCUCCAGGGGAGGGUUGUGAGACGCCAUGAGCGAGCCGAUGGAGGGCGGCACGGUUUCCUUUGAUGAGUACGUGAGGCAGAAGGCCCGCACCGUGCCACAGCAUCGCAUGAAGGAGUUUCUGGAAUCACUGGCCACCAAAGGCCCUGAGGUGCUGCAGGAGUUCAGCCAGCAGGGUGGCACCCCGACCACCACCACCACCAUGGUCUACCAGCAGGGGGCAAACUGCAUCUACACAGACAGCACAGAGGUGGCAGGGUCCCUGCUGGAGCUCGCCUGCCCUGUGCAGGUCACAUCUGCACAGAUCACGCCACAGCUGGCUGCAGCUGUGCAUCAGGCCUCUGAGCAGCAGAUCCAGGUGCAGUGUCAUUCUGCAUGGCAGGUGCAGAUACAGGGUGACCAGGGUCAGACGGUGGGCCAGGUGCUGCAGGUUUCAUCACCUUCUCACCAGCAGUUGCAAGGCAUCACCACGGCAGCACAGCUUGUGCAGCAGGGAGAACUCACAGAGGAACAGCAUCAACAGAUCCAGGCGCAGCUGGUGGCUGCGGUAGCGGGAGGGCAGCAGAUCCAGAUCCAGACGGUCGAGGCCCUGUCUCCCGUGCAGCAGGGCCAGCAGCAGGGGUCCCCCCGCGAGGCCGAGCGUCGGCCCAGCGGCUCCAGCCCCGCCGGCGUGCUGCAGCCAGCCAAGAAGCGCAAGGUGGACAUGCCGCUGGCUACCGUGUCGUACGCGCUGCCACAGGGCCAGCAGCUGGCAACCGUGCUGGCCAUCCCGCAGGGCCAGGGCCAGCAGAGCUACGUGUCGCUGCGGCCCGACCUGCUGACGGUGGACAGCACGCACCUGUACAGCACCACCGGCACCCUCACGGGGCCCUCGGGCGAGACGUGGACCAUCCCCGUGUACUCGGCGCCCCAGCCGCAGGGCGUGGCCCACAUCGCCAUCCCGCAGGAGGCCUACAGCGCCGCGUUGCAGCUGCAGACGCUUCCCAUUGCCACGGCAACCACCGCCACUGACGACAAAGACAAGAUGGCUGCCGGCGGGGUGGCGCAGCACCAGGUGGUGACGUCGUCGGGGACGGGCACACAGGAGGAGGUGGUGCAGAUGUUCCCAGCGCAGUUCAUGAACGGGAACAUCCACAUCCCCGUGGCGGUGCAGACAGUGGGAGGGGCCUAUCAGGGGGCCACGCAGGCCCUGCACAUCUGGGACCCGCAGCAGCAGGGCCAGUUAACAGACGGCCAGGAGCAACAGCUCCACCUACAGGCUCAGGUGGAGGGAGAGCAACAAGGCGAGACCACGACAGAGCUAAUGCUCCCCAUCUCACUGAAGCCAGAGGAGGGACUGGAGGUGUGGCGCCUCUGGGUCCACCGCAAGAACGCCGAGAUGGACAAGGAGGAGCAGAACAAGCUGGCCCCCAUUGGACGUCGUCAGCCUCUGCGGUUCCGUGAGGACUUGGUGUCGAGUGCGGUAGCCGAGCUGAAUGUGGCCCUGUCCCUGAUGACGCAGGAGGCCAAAGGCCUGGAGGAGGAGCCUUUUGAGGCUGACGCCCUCUACUACGUCUUCCUGUGCAUUCAGAAGUACCUGUUUGAAAAUGGACGGGUAGAUGACAUCUUCUCCGAUCCUUACUAUACACGCUUCUCACAGUGUUUACACAAAGUGCUUGAAGAGUACAGGCCUAAUGUACAUCCACUAGGCUACAUCAUCCCCAGUCACGUAACUGAAGAGAUGCUGUGGGAGUGCAAGCAGCUCGGGGCCCACUCGCCCUCCACACUCCUCUUCACGCUCAUGUACUUCAACACCAAGUAUUUCCAGCUGACAACAGUGGAGCAGCAUAUGAAGGUGGCCUUCUCCAAAGUGCUAAGACACACAAAGAAGAACCCAUCCAACCACAAGGACAAGAGCACCACCAUCCGCUAUCUGAAGGGCUCAGGACCCCAUCACCUUGGCCAGAAGGUGACUGAUGACAUGUAUGCAGAGCAGGCAGAGGACCCCGAGAAUCCACUGCGAUGCCCUAUCAAACUCUAUGACUUUUACCUCUUCAAAUGCCCUCAGUGUGCUAAGGGGCGGAAUGAUACAUACUACCUGACUCCAGAGCCAGUGGUCGUGCCCAACAGCCCUAUCUGGUACUCCACACAGCCAAUCCCCAGCCAGCAGUUGGAGCACAUGCUCACACGCAUCACAAUGGUGCGGGAAAUCCAAGAGGUCAUCGCCAUAGCGUCCACAAAUGUAAACUGACAAGAGUGAGCAUCUGUCCGUCCAUUGUGGAGGAUUCACUAUUAGAACUGCUCCCUGCCGACAGCAGCCGGGAGGAUUCCAGCAUUCCUUGCUGGAAGUUGAACUUGAUGGCCUUUCACCUUUUUUACGUAAAGUAUAUAUAAGAAUAUGUACACCUAAAGAAACAUCUCUGUUGAAUCACCUGACAACAACCAUCAUGACACCCACUACAGUGAAUGGAGCCUUUCUUAAAGUUGCUCAGUCAUGAACUGAAAGCUUAAUUACACCAGUCAUUUGCAAGUUUCAUAAAAUAAGUACUCAAUCUCUUUUGUGAACAGACCUAAGGAAAACACUUUUUCUGAUCUAGACGGCUUGGGAAGAUGACACACACGCACGUCUCCAACCUACUCAAAUCCGUUGGCUCUGAUCCUCACACUUUGCCUUCACUAGUGAGGAAGACCCUACAGAGCAAGGUCAUGGCUCCCUGUAGCACGUAAUCUGCAGUAUGGUUAUAUAUGAAAUAUGAUUUCUGUUCUGCUUUUUAUUUUUAUAUCUGUAUGUUUGAUCUCCUGUCUCUGUUGAUAUACUGGAGUUGGGAGGUUAUGCAGGAAAAGUUCAUGGUUUCAAACAUGCUUUUUGUACAGUU